CUCGCAUCUCCCCCACAACUCGUUAGCUCAGCUGUGUUGUAGGGUCAUAAGUAUAUUGAUAUAUAGCUUUGGUAUCCGAAAGACACAAUUCGUCUCUAAGCGACAAUUGGAUCACAUAUGAGACUUAUCAACGCUCAUAAGUAGAGGGUUGAUGAGUUUACUAGAGACCCGCCGCCCCAUACAAUCCUGUCUCAUAGGUGGGGUCGAGAUAUAGACGAGGUCAAUAACCGUGGGUUCCCUGUCCCUGAACAUGGAGUUUGGCUAUAAACGAACGAUGAAGUUGAGUCGCAGCAGGCAACUGAAUUUAAGCGGCGACCUGAAUGUAAGAAGGUUAAAGGUUGUUUUGACUCAGCGGUGGGUUAGGUUAAUACAUGCUGCAUCGACAAGCCAAGUUUCAGCUGAGCUUUCCGAGGCGAUCAACUCCAUGUUUAAAAGGUAUCGCGAAGCGGUCAUUUACUGGGCGUUCCUUGAGGACGUUCACACAACCAGACAGCCCGCGGCCCCAGGUCUGGCUGAGCUCAACAAUACCACUUGGGUUACACGUAGAAGGACUCCUCAAGAGGUCCCAAGUAUUGGUUUAGUAGGGGCUGAAAGAGGAUUUUGGCGGCUGAAAAGGGGUGCUCCUGUGCCAGACUAACCUAGGGUAAGCUAGAACGGUCCGCUAAGCGGCAUAAGGCUUCGACGUUGGGAAACACCAACCCAAAAAUAGAGGUAACCAGACCGGGUAUUACA